AUGCAGGAGAGCUACGAGUCCCUGAUCCUGCUGGGUGAGCCGCCAGAUUAUCCCCCCAAAAUCCUCCUGCCCGAAAUUUCCCCAUCCCCAAGCCCAACAUCGUGUCCCGGCUGGAGCCCGAGGAGGAGCUGGGGGUGCCCGACCCCAACGACUCCAAGGAGUGGGAGAUCCUCAGGGUGGCCCCUGCAGACGACGCCCCCAGCCAGCGACGAGGACCCCGAGGACCCCGCCCCCGCCGCCCCUCCCCCCGCCCCGGACUCCCUCCUCCUCCUCCUCCCCUCCCCCUCCCCGCCCGCCCCGCCCCCUCCCCCCCCGGCGGGGCGUGGCUCGCGCCGCGGGCGUGGCCGGCGGGGCGGGGGCGUGGCCGGCGGCGCCGGGCGUGGCCAGGCGGCCCCGCCCCCCAAGCCCUUCACCUGCCUGGCGUGCGGCAAGGGCUUCACGCGCAGCUCCAACCGCAACGCGCACCUGCGCACGCACCUGGGCGGGCGGGGCCGCGGCCACGCCCCCGCGCUGCCCCGCCCCCUGCGCCAGGUGAGCCCGCGGCGCUUCGGGUGUGGUCAGUGCGGGCGGAGCUUCGGGCGCAGCGCCCACCUGAGCGCGCACCUGCGGGCGCACCUGGGCGAGCGGCCCUACACCUGCGGCGAGUGUGGGCGGGGCUUCAGCUACAGCUCCGCCUUCCUCAAGCACCGCCACGCCCACGGGCAGCCGCAGGAGCCGGGCGCCAGGAGGAGGAGGAGGAGGAAGGGCGCGCCCUGCGCACCCGGCCACGCCUGCGGGGCGGGGCUGGCAGAGGGCCACGCCCUCCUGGCGCACCUGCACGGUCACGCUGAGGACACGCCCCUGGGCUGCGCCACGCCCUACACCUGCGGGGAUUGUGGGAAGGGCUUCGGGGGAAGCUCCGCCCUCAUCCGGCACCAGCGGCUGCACCUGGGCUAGGAGGGACCGGAACCGGAACCGGAACCGGAACCGGAACCGGGACUGGAUCCGGGACUGGGGACAGGGAAACUUCCAGAAGCAGGACUGGAACCGGAACUGGAACCGGAACUGGAACCGGAACUGGAACUGGAACUGGAACCGGAACUGGAACCGGAACCGGGACUGGAUCCGGGACAGGGAAACUUCCAGAAGCAGGACUGGAACCGGAACUGGAACUCAAACUGGAACUGGAACCGGAACCAGAACCGGGACAGGGAAACUUCCAGAAUUGGGACUGGAAUCGGGGCCGAAACUGGAACCGGAACCAGAACUGGAACCGGGACUGGGACAGAGAAACUUCCGGAACCAGAACCGGGACUGGGACUGGGAGAGGGAAGCUUCCAGAACCUGGACCAAAACUGAGACUGGAACCGGAACCGGAACUGGAACCAGGACUGGGAAACUUCCAGAACCAGGACUGGAAUCAGAACUGGGACUGGAAUCGGAACUGGAACCGGGACUGGGACAGAGAAACUUCCGGAACUGGGACUGGAAUUGGAACUGGAACUGGAAUGGGGACUGGGAAACUUCCAGAACCAGGACCGGAACUGAGACUGGAACUGAAACUGGAACCGGGACUGGGGCUGGAAAACUUCCGGAACUGGGACCAGAACCAGGAAACUUCCGGAACCAGGACUGGGAAACUUCCGGAACCGGAACUGGGACUGGGACAGAGAAAGUUCCAGAUCUGGGACCGGAAUCUGAACUGGAACCGGGACUGGGACUGGGAAACUUCUGGAACCAGGACCUGAACUGGGACUAGAACUGGGAAACUUCCAGAACCAGGACUGGGAAACUUCCAGAACCGAGACCAGGACUGGAACUGGAACCGGGGCUGGAACUGGGACCAGAACCGGGACUGGGAAACAACCGGAACUGGAGCCCUCCGGAACCGGGACCGGAACUUGGAGCUCUCCAGAACCAGGAGGCUCCCAGUGCCAGAACUGUGACCAAGAACCUUCCAGAACCUUCCAGAACCAGGAUCCUUCCAGAACCAGGGCCCUUCCAGAACUGGGACCAUUCCAGAACCGGGACCCCCCAGAACCGGGACCUUCCAGAACCAGAACCAGGGCCCCUCUGGAACUGGGACCCCCCCAGAACCGGGACCAAUCCAGAACCGGGACCCCCCAGAACCGGGACUUUCUAGAACCGGGACCAUCCCGAACUGGGACCAUUUCAGAACUGGGACAAUUCCAGAACCAGAACUGAACCUUCCAGAACCAGAACCGGGACCCCUCUGGGACUGGGACCUUUCCAGAACCGGGACCCCCCAGAAGCAGAACCGGGACCCCCUGGGCCGCUGGGGCACAGGGGAAGGGACUCGAGCGACGUUCCCGUGCCCACCGCGGACUUUGGGGGGACCCUGGGGAUCCAUUCCUGACCCCAAAAAUCCAUUCCUGAUCCUCGGGAAUCCAUUCCGGACCCCAAAAUCCAUCCUGGACCCCCCAAAAUCCAUUCUGGGACCCCCAAAAUCCAUCCCGGACCCCAAAAUCCAUCCCGGACCUUUGGGAAUCCAUUCCAGACCCCAAAAUCCAUUUUGGACCCCCCAAAAUCCAUCCCACACCCCCAAAUACCCAUUCUGGACCCCAAAAUCCAUUCCUGACCCCCCAAAUUAUUCCUGACCCCCCAAACCCAUUCCAGACCCCCCAGAAUCCAUUCUGGACCCCCAAAAUCCAUCACGGAUCCCAAAAUUCAUCCCAGACCCCCAAAAUCCAUUUCUGACCCCCCAAAAUCUUUUCUGGACCCCCCCCCCAAAAUGAAUUCUGGGCUUCCAAAAUCCAUUCCUGACCCUGGGAAUCCUUUCUGGACCCCCCAAAAUCCAUCCUGGACCCCCAAAAUCCAUUCUGGCCCCCCAAAACCCAUCCCAGACCCAAAAAUCCAUUCCUGACUCCCCCAAAAUAAUUUCUGACCCCCCAAACCCAUUCCAGACCCCCCAAAAUCCAUUCUGGACCCCAAAAUCCAUUUCAGACACCCCAAAAUACAUUCCUGAGCCCCCAAAAUACAUUUCAGACCCCCCAAAUUAAUUUCUGACCCCCCAAAUCCAUCCCAGACCCUCCUAAAAUCUGUCCCAGACCCCCUAAAAUCCAUUUCUGACCCCCCAAAAUGAAUUCUGGACUUCC